GCCCGCGAUGGCUCUGCUAGACGUGCUCUUCUGCUGCCUGUUGGCCGUCUGGCACUGCCAACCCGGCCUCGGACUGCCCCUGGCGCCCGCUGGAGGCCAAAGCCCGGCUCCCGCAGUGGGACAGUUUUGGCACGUGACUGACUUACACUUAGACCCUACUUACCACAUCACAGAUGACCACACAAAAGUGUGUGCUUCAUCCAAAGGCACAAACGCCUCCAAUCCGGGCCCUUUUGGAGAUGUUAUGUGUGAUUCUCCAUAUUACCUUAUUUUGUCAGCAUUUGAUUUUAUUAAAAAUUCAGGACAAGAAGCAUCUUUCAUGAUAUGGACAGGGGACAGCCCACCUCACGUUCCAGUGCAUGAACUCUCAACAGACAUCGUCAUAAAUGUGAUUGCUAAUAUGACAACCACCAUCCGGAGUCUCUUUCCAAAUCUCCAGGUUUUCCCUGCACUAGGUAAUCACGACUAUUGGCCACAGGAUCAACUGCCUACAGUCACCAGCAAGGUGUACAAUGCGGUAGCAAACCUCUGGAAACCAUGGCUAGAUGAAGAAGCUAUUCAUACUUUAAGGAAAGGUGGCUUUUAUACACAGAAAGUUUCAACUAAUCUGAACCUUAGGAUCAUCAGUCUAAACACAAACUUGUACUACGGCCCAGAUGUUGUGACCCUGAAUAAGACUGACCCAGCAAAUCAGUUUGAAUGGCUGGAAAAUACACUGAAUAUCUCUCAGCAAAAUAAGGAGAAGGUGUACAUCAUAGCUCAUAUUCCAAUGGGGUAUCUGCCCUAUUCAAUGAGCACUACAGCCUUGAGAGAAUACUAUAAUGAGAGGCUGGUAGAUAUUUUUAGGAAAUACAGCACUGUCAUCGCAGGACAAUUUUAUGGACACACUCACAGAGAUAGCAUUAUGGUUCUUUCAGAUAAAACAGGAAGUCCAAUAAAUUCUUUGUUUGUGGCUCCUGCUGUUACCCCAGUGAAGAAUGCUUUACAAAAACAGACCAACAAUCCUGGUAUCAGACUAUUUCAGUAUGAUCCUCAUGAUUAUAAAUUAUUGGAUAUGUUGCAGUAUUAUUUGAACCUGACAGAUGCUAAUCUAAAGGGAGAAUCCAACUGGAAACUGGAAUAUAUCCUGACCCAGACCUAUAACAUUGAAGAUUUGCAACCAAAAAGUUUAUAUGGAUUAGCUAAACAAUUUGCAAUUCUAGACAGUAAGAAAUUUAUAAAAUACUACAAUUACUUCUUUGUGAGUUAUGACAACAGUGUCAUUUGCAAUGAGAAAUGUAAGGUAUUUCAAAUUUGUGCAAUUACGAGUCUUGAUCAUAAUUCCUAUGUAGAUUGCCUCAAACAGUAUUACAUGAAGCACCAUCUAUAGUAUUUCACAAUUUGUGUUCAUGGAACAUGUAACAUAGGUCUGUUUCUGAUCAGUUGUGGGAAUUGUUACAUCUUUAUGAG